AUGUCUAAAAUCACAGUCGCCGGAGUGCGUACCAACGUACAAAGUCUUCUUGAGUACUCUCUCGAGACCAAGAAGAGAAACUUCCUCGAGACCGUCGAGCUCCAAAUCGGCCUCAAGAACUAUGAUCCCCAACGUGACAAGCGUUUCUCCGGAACCGUCCGUCUCCCAGUCGUUCCCCGCCCAAACAUGAGCAUUUGCAUUCUCGGUGAUCAACACGAUAUCGAUCGUGCCAAGCACGGUGGUGUUGACGCCAUGUCCGCUGAUGACUUGAAGAAGCUCAACAAGAACAAGAAGUUGAUCAAGAAGCUCGCACGCAAGUACGAUGCUUUCGUCGCUUCCGACACCUUGAUCAAGCAAAUUCCCCGUCUCUUGGGUCCCGGUCUUUCCAAGGCUGGUAAAUUCCCAACCCCAGUCUCCCACAACGAAGAUCUUAGCGGUAAGAUCAACGAAGUCAAGUCCACCAUCAAGUUCCAAUUGAAGAAGGUCUUGUGUAUGGGUGUUGCUGUCGGAAACGUCGAGAUGACUGAGGACCAAUUGAUCUCCAACAUCAUGUUGUCUAUCAACUACCUCGUCUCCUUGUUGAAGAAGGGAUGGCAAAACGUUGGCAGCUUGACCAUCAAGGCAUCUAUGUCUCCACCCAAGCGCCUCUACUAG